GAACUUGGGUUUUAGCCCAAGGGACCCAAAGUUGCUGAACUGUUUGUUAGCCCACGGCCACGCCCCAUCACACUAGCACUCACGCGUAGAAAAUGCCGGCUUUGCUCUGUCUAGUCAAACGAACUCACCAAGACGCCUAUGGCCACCGAUAUCAACAGCAAUUUAUCCGGUAUAUCGUCCCCGAUUUUCCCGUUUCGUCUCGAUUUAUUUGCUUUCUCACUGAACUGGGCUUUUGAGGAUUUAUGAGCCAUGGGUGAUUCAGUUGAUUUGACUGGGGAUGGAGGUGUCAUCAAGACAAUCAUAAGGAACGCAAAAGCCGGUGCACUUGGUCCUUCAGAGGAUCUUCCUCUUCUUGAUGUUCAUUAUGAGGGCACUCUUGCUGAAAGUGGUGAAGCCUUUGAUACUACGCAUGAGGAUAAUACCGUGUUCUCAUUUGAACUUGGAAAGGGCUCUGUAAUCCAAGCUUGGGACAUUGCAAUGAGAACCAUGAAGGUUGGGGAGGUUGCAAAAAUUACUUGCAAGCCUGAAUAUGCCUAUGGAAGUGCUGGGUCCCCACCAGAUAUCCCACCUGACGCAACCCUUAUUUUUGAGGUGGAGUUAGUGGCCUGCAAGCCACGGAAAGGCUCUAGUAUGAGUAGUGUUUCAGAUGACAGGGCUAGGCUAGAGGAGCUGAAGAAGCAAAGGGAGCUUGCUGCUGCUGCAAAAGAAGAAGAGAAGAAGAGGAGAGAAGAAGCCAAAGCUGCUGCAGCUGCCCGCAUGCAAGCCAAGCUAGAAUCAAAGAAAGGAAAGGGAAAGGGAAAAUCCAAAUAGGGUCUUAUCACAGUUACGUGUAUGAUAAUAUUAGAUUUGAUAAAGGAGUUAGAUAUAUGAAACUCACUUCCGGUCAUGUGAAAUUAAUAUUUAUGCUAUGGUGAUUAUACUGAUUUUAAAUUGAAGGGGUAAAUAAAACCCUAAAGUUUCCAUGACGCAAUUAAUGUUGAUAGAUUUCAAGUGACAUUUUCUCAA